CUGAGACCGGAAGUGGGUGGAAGUCUGGGCGUCGCGCGCCAUGGAGGGUGACCCGGUUGGGUGCCUGCGGCCGCUGGAGGUGCCAGCGGCAGAGGAGGCGGAUCCCCAGGUAGCUUCUUGGAGCGGGGACAGCGGCAACGUGUCCCAGAGCCACAGCAGCGCCUCUGGGCCGUGGGAGGACGAGGGUCCCGAGCUGGGCGCGCCGGGCCGGGACCUGCCGCUGCUGCGCCGCGCAGCCGCCGGCUACGCCACCUGCUUGCUGCCCAGCGCCGGGGCGCGCCCCGAGGUCGAGGCCUUGGACGCGAGCCUGGAGGAUCUGCUCACCAGGGUGGACGAGUUUGUGGGUAUGCUCGACAUGCUGCGCGGCGACUCCUCCCACGUGGUUAGCGAAGGCGUGCCUCGCAUUUACGCUAAGGCCACCGAGAUGCGUCGGGUCUACAGCAAGAUCGACCGGCUCGAGGCCUUCGUGGGGAUGAUCGGCGCCAGCGUGGCCAGGAUGGAGGAGCAUGUCGCCAGGGCGGAGGCCGAGCUGGGGACUUUCCCUAGUACAUUCCGGAAACUCCUGCACACAAUUAACGUGCCGUCCUUCUUCAACAAGGCGCCCUCCAGCAAAUCCCAGCUGACGGGAUACGAGCCCCCCGUCGUGUUUCGGACAGAAGACCACUUUCCCUGUUGCAGCGAAAGACCUCAGGUGUGAGUCUGCCGCACAGCGCUGCAAGAGGACGCGGUCUGAAAUUAUCAAUUGAAAGUGCUGUUAAUAGACAUGCACGAUGUUGGAGUUUGGAAUUUUCAAGUAAUUUUUUGCACACUUCAUUUCUCACGUCUUCAUCUCACAUAGGAUAUAAGAUUUUCUUUUUCUUUUUUCUUUUCUGCCCUGUGGCAUGCGUUAGUUCUGGGGUCAGGAGAAGAACCUGUGCCACAGCAGUGGCUUAAACUAUAGCAGUGACAACACCAGAUCCUUAACCUGCCGAGCCACCAGGGAACUCCAGGAUACAUGAUUUUCUAUGUCUUCCAGUUCAGACUUGAAAGCUACUUGGUGUGGGGUUUGUGCGGGUAGGGACCAGGAAGCAAAAUAAAUGAAUUUAUGUAUGCACUGUGGCAGAACUUAUUUAUUUUACGGCUCAACUAAUAGUAAUAUCUUUUCAAGAUUUGCAUACUUGUAUACACUUAAGAAAACUGAGCCUUUAAAGCCUUGUUAAUUUGAUCCCAAUAGUGAUUCAGUUUUCCAUAGCUUACUUUUACUUUAUUAUUAUUAUUAUUAUUGUUAUUUGUCUUUUUAGGGUCACACCUGCAGCAUAUGGAGGUUCCCAGGCUAGGGGUCCAGUCUGAGCUGUAGCCGAUGGCCUGCCAGAGCCACAGCAACAGCAGAUCUGAGUGGCAUCUGCGACCUACACCGCAGCUCACGGCAACGUCGGGAUCCUCAACCCACCGAGUAAGGCCAGGGAUCAAACCUGAGUCCUCAUGGAUACUAGUCAGGUUCGUUAAUUGCUGAGCCAUGAUGGGAACUCUUACUUUAUUAUUAUUAUUAUUAUUUUGCUUUUUUUAAGGCCACACCCUUGACAUACGGAGGUUCCCAGGCUAGGGGUCUAAUCGGAGCUACAGCUGCUGGCCUACACCACAGCCAUAACAACACCAGAUCCAAGCCACAUCUGCAACUUACACCACAGCUCACGGCAACCCCAGAUCCUUAACCCACUGAGCAAGGUGAGGGAUUGAACCCACAACCUCAUGGUUUCUAGUCAGAUUCAUUUCAGCUGUGUCCCUACUUUUACUUGAGAUGGUAAAUUAUUUAAAAUUUUAUUAAACUUUCCAUAUAACAGAUUAGAAAUUGAAGGAAAUUACACAACUUCUGAGAAAAUGUAUUGAUUUAUUGCAGCUAACUCUGAAGUUGCAAUUCUGAUAUAUAUAUUUGAAAGUAUGACCUCACAAUCUUGUCUACAGCAAACAUGUCUAUAUAUGACUACCAAUGUUUGGUUUAUAAUUUAUAUAUUAAUAAAUUUAUUUUAUUGGAAAAGCAUUCCAUCUGAAAACAACUUUAUACAUUUCCCUUUGUCUUUGAAAAUAGACAUGUUAUGCGUAUGAUGUUAGGACUGAGAUAAAGAAAAGUGGCUUGGGGAGUUCUCUGUGGCUCAGAGGGUUAAAGAUCCCGCGUUGUCACUGCUGUAGCUCUGU